AUGCUUAAAAAAUUAGAUCUUUAUGGUGGCGCUAUUAGUACAGUGCUACCAGAAGGUUUCUUAGAUGCCUCGUUAUUGCGUGAGGUACCGGAUACCCAGGAAAUAUUUGUCAACAGUCGUGAGACUGGUGAAAAAUUCGAGGAUGGGUUGGGGCUGAAUGAGAGUAUUGUUGUGGACUUGCUGGAACGGGUUUCUGAGAUUAAUGACUAUGGGGCUCUUAAAGUUCAUCUGGAGGAAAUAACAGACUUGAAUGCCGGCAGGAAUAUGUCCAUGGUCGAACACGAGACCCUAGCAAAUGGAAGUCAGUGCUGUGUCGCGACAGAGUCGAUAGAUAAAUGGGGCAAGCAGGAGAAAAAAGAGACAGUGGUGCUUUGUGUAGGGCUGAUACGUUUAGCGGAGUUUUCUACCGACGUUGUGAUCACGAUCAAUGUGCCUGUGGAGCCUGCAAUGCAUGCUGAGCUCGAUCAGCUUGCUAAAAACAGGUUGCCUGAAAGAGCAACCACCGCAUAUGAGCUGCUAAAGAGCAUGGUACGGGAGUUCAAAGUCGUAGAUGGCUCUCUUUUUGUAUAG